AUGGAGGGAGUCAGCAGCCACCGGACCCUGUCCUACAGCCGCUGGAGCUACGACAGUGUCUUAGAUGAUGAGGGCAGCAACCUGCGGCAGCAGAAGCUUGACCGGCAGCGGGCCCUGCUGGAGCAGAAGCAGAAAAAGAAGCGCCAGGAGCCUCUGAUGGUGCAGGCCAAUGCCGACGGGCGGCCCCGGAGCCGGCGGGCCCGGCAGUCGGAGGAGCAGGCCCCCCUGGUGGAGUCCUACCUCAGCGGCAGCACCGGCUACCAAGUUCAAGAGGCCGACUCACUUGCCAGUGUGCCCCUGGGAGCUGCCCACCCCACAGCACCAGCCUCAGCCAAGAGAACCAAGGCGGCCGCCGCGGCAGGGGGCCAGGGUGGGGCCUCUAGGAAGGAGAAGAAGGGGAAGCACAAAGGCUCCGGCGGGUCAGCAGCAUCGGCUGAAGACAAGUCUGAGGCCCGAGGCCCUGUGCAGAUCCUGACUGUGGGCCAGUCCGACCAGGUCCGGGACGCGGGGGAGACGGCCGCAGGUGGCGGUGCACAGCCCGGCGGGCAGGACAUCCGUGCCACGAUGCAGAGGAAGGGCAUCUCCAGCAGCAUGAGCUUCGAAGAGGAAGAGGAGGAAGAGGACGAGAACAGCUCUAGCUCCUCCCAGCUCAACAGCAACACCCGCCCCAGCUCUGCCACAAGCAGAAAGUCCGCCAGGGAGGCAGCCUCGGCCCCCAGCCCCACAGCCCCCGAGCCGUCAGUGGAUGUUGAGGUCCAGGAUCUCGAAGAGUUUGCCCUGAGGCCGGCCCCCCAGGGGAUCACCAUCAAGUGCCGCAUCACACGGGACAAGAAGGGCAUGGACCGGGGCAUGUACCCCACCUACUUCCUGCACCUGGACCGCGAGGACGGGAAGAAGGUGUUCCUCCUGGCGGGAAGGAAGAGAAAGAAGAGUAAAACUUCCAAUUACCUCAUCUCCGUGGACCCUACUGACUUGUCUAGAGGAGGGGACAGCUACAUCGGGAAACUGCGGUCUAACCUCAUGGGCACCAAGUUCACCGUUUAUGAUAAUGGAGUCAACCCUCAGAAAGCAUCAGCCUCUACUUUGGAAAGUGGAACCUUGCGUCAGGAGCUGGCUGCUGUCUGCUACGAGACAAACGUCCUAGGUUUUAAGGGGCCGCGGAAGAUGAGUGUGAUUGUCCCAGGAAUGACCAUGGUUCAUGAGAGAGUCUCUAUCCGGCCCCGCAACGAGCAUGAGACGCUGCUAGCGCGCUGGCAGAACAAGAACACGGAGAGUAUCAUCGAGCUGCAAAACAAGACGCCCGUCUGGAACGAUGACACGCAGUCCUAUGUACUCAACUUCCAUGGGCGCGUCACUCAGGCCUCGGUGAAGAACUUCCAGAUCAUCCACGGCAAUGACCCGGACUACAUCGUGAUGCAGUUUGGCCGCGUAGCAGAGGACGUGUUCACCAUGGAUUACAACUACCCGUUGUGCGCGCUGCAGGCCUUUGCCAUUGCCCUGUCCAGCUUCGACAGCAAGCUGGCCUGCGAGUAG